AUGUCUUCCGACGACGACGACCUGGAUCGAGAUGUCUCUUACCCUUACUCGUUUCCCAAAGAGCUGAAGAAAGCUCAAAACAAUGGUACAGCCAAUUCAGUCCCCAUAUCCAGCGACGACGACGAUGAAGACGAUGACGACCUGGGCUAUGUGCCAGUGUUGCAUAGGAAGUCUGCGUCCGCACCUGCACCGUCUCGACCUGUAGCUGCACCUCAGAAAGAGUCUCCAGACCCACCCUCAGAAGAAGAAGAAGAGGAAGAGAAAGUGCCAGCAACUCCCCCCAUCAAAGAAGAGGUGAGGACCGUCAAGCACAAGCACGGCAAAGGCAACCGCGUCGUAUGGUCCGAGGGCGAAGAAGAGAACGGCUACGAGGAGUGGAACCGCAAGAGGAAGGAAACAGCUGGGGGCAGGAAGCGGAAGGCAUCUGCGGUCUCCACGGGUGAGAAGAAAGUCAGGGCAGAUCGCAAAGAUGCUUCGGGAUGGAAGGGUUCUGGUUCGGGUACUGAUAUUAGGAAGACAUUUGGGACUAAUGGAGGAGCCACCUCUCACAAAAGGUCCCGCCUCACCACAGCAAACGCCGACACCCCCGACCCUUCCCUCUCAGAAGUCAGGCUCCCGCAACACCUCCUCGCCCGCCGCCGCGCUCUUGACCGCGCCGCCGCCUCCCUCGACUCCACCACCCCACACCCGGCCCUCCGCCUCCCCCCGGACUCCAGCGACCUCUUCAACGACACCGAAAACACCGCACUCGCCACCAAACCCGCUUUUAAGACCACCCCCAGCGCCCCCUACGCCGACAUCCCCCUCCCCACCUCCCUUGGCGUCAUCCCCGCGCCCAUCGCCCAAUACCUGCGCAGCUACCAGGUGACCGGCGCCGCCUUCCUGCACCGCAACUUUGUCUUCCAGACCGGCUGCAUUCUCGGCGACGACAUGGGGCUCGGCAAGACCGUCCAGAUCAUUGCCUUCCUGACGGCCGCCUUCGGCAAGACCGCCGACGAGCGCGACAGGAAGCGAAUGCGCAAGAUGCGGCGCGCGGAGAGAUGGUAUCCGAUAGUGCUGGUGAUUUGCCCUGGGACACUGAUUGCGAAUUGGUGUAGCGAGCUGGAGACGUGGGGGUGGUGGGCGGUCGAGGUGUUUCAUGGGGGUAGGGAGCAGAGGACGGCGGCGGUGGAGACGGCGAGGAGUGGCAUGUGCGAGAUUAUGAUUACGACGAGUACGACGUAUAAGAAUCAUAGGGACGAGGUGAACAGGGUAGAGUGGGAUUGUGUCAUUGUGGAUGAGUGCCAUGUUAUCAAAGAACGCAAAUCACUCGUCACACAGGAUCUAAACCAGAUCAACGCUCUCUGCCGGAUCGGCCUUACCGGCACUGCCAUCCAGAAUAAAUACGAGGAACUCUGGACCCUCCUCAACUGGUGCCGCCCCGGCGCCGUCUCCACCAUGUCCGAAUGGAAAUCGACCAUCUGCGCGCCCCUCAAGAUCGGCCAAUCGCACGACGCCACCCUGCGGCAGAUUGGCAUCGCGCGCGAGGUCGCCCGCCUGCUGGUCAACAACCUGCUGCCCAAGAUGUUCCUGCGGCGGAUGAAGAGCCUGAUUGCGGACCAGCUGCCCAAGAAGAGCGACAAGGUUGUGUUUUGCCCGCUGACGGCGCGGCAGAAGGUUGCGUACGAGAACUUUCUCGAGAGCGACGUGGUGGAGGGGAUUCGGAGGAGCGGGGAGGUGUGUGGGUGUGGGAGUGGGGCAAAGAGGGGUGCGUGCUGCUUUGCGAGGGUGACGGAUGGGAGGAGGUGGAAGGAUGCGGUGUUUCCGUGCAUACAGCGGAUACAGCAGUUGAGCAAUCAUUUGGCGAAUUGGGUUCCAACAAACGACGAACCUACCGACAAACGCAAGGCAAAGCUCGAGCUCUUAAAACUCUGCCUACCCAACGAGUGGGAGAUAAUAAGUCGUCGAGAGCAACUACCGAACUACAUGGACCCUGAGAUGUGCGGGAAAUGGAUCGUCUUGCGAAAGCUACUCAAGUUCUGGCACGAUAAUGAAGACAAAGUCUUGAUCUUCUCGUAUAGUAUUUCGCUGCUCAAGAUACUGUUUACGCUGUUCCAGACGACGGAGUACAACGUUAGCUAUCUGGACGGCUCCAUGGCGCUGGAGGAUCGUGCAAAGGCUGUCUAUAAGUUCAACAACGACCCUGAGCAGUUUGUGUUCCUCAUCUCCACCAGAGCUGGUGGUGUAGGGUUGAACAUCGCCGCCGCCAACAAAGUAGUAAUCUUCGACCCCAACUGGAAUCCCAGUUACGAUCUCCAAGCGCAAGACCGCGCCUACCGCAUCGGCCAAACGCGCGACGUCGAAGUCUUCCGCCUCAUCUCCGCCGGCACAAUCGAAGAGAUCGUCUACGCCCGCCAGAUCUACAAGCAGCAGCAAGCCAACAUCGGCUACGGGGCCUCCGAGGAGCGGCGGUACUUCUCGGGUGUGCAGGGCGACAAGGCGAACAAGGGCGAGCUGUUUGGGCUGCAGAACCUGUUCUCGUUCCAGGAGAAUACCAUCCUGAAGGAGAUUGUCAAUAAGACGAACGUGGCCGAGUCGAAGGCCGGUGUUGCCGUGGCGGGGCUGGAGCUGGAGGAUUGGGAGGAUGAGGAGUUUGAGGAGGAUGUGAAUGGCGAGAAUGCGCUGAAUCAGUUGGCGGCGAUUGUGGCGGGGGAGAAGUCGGCGUUGGAGAAUAAGAAGAAGGCGCAGAAUCCUGUCUCGGCAAUCCUUGCGGAAGCUGGCAUCUCAUAUACUCAUGAGAAUUCAGAGGUCAUUGGCACAUCUAAAGUCGAAGCCCAAAUCAGCAAGCGGGCAGCGCGAGCAUCGAAAGAUGCAGAUAUGGGAGACAGAGUAGUUUUUGACAGCACAGAGACUAGGGGUAACGGGCUCCUCAAGGGAUACAGGUUUCACCCUCCAGCAGAUGUCAUGAGAAGGCAGUUCUGCACCAUGGCCAAAAUGUUUGGAAUUGAGGAUGUAGGUGAGUUUGCACUUCUUGUAGAAAGCUGGACACAGCAGCAGAGGAGAGAUGCGCUGGAUAAGUUUUACAAAAUGAGAAGGGAUACCCUGGCAAAGGGGGAAGAGGUCAAACUAGAAGAUGUGCAGCCGGAGGAAGUCCUGCUUGGGGAGACGGCGCAAGAUAAGGCUUAUAUCGAGAUCGAGGAUGAUGACGAUGAUGAUGAGCUGUAG